CACAUUUCUGGUGCAAAAAAAAAACAAGUUCAGUAUGCACAAAAAAGAGUUUCAUUCAAAGAAGAGAAUGUAAACAUACAAGUUUGCUUUCGUGUGCAGUUUUAAGCAACAUUUCCACUGAAGACAGUGGUGUUAAGCCGAACAACAUUAUUCAUAGCAAAUAAAAUGUGAGAAUUAGGCACUUCGCUACAUAGCACCUUUCAACCGUCCUCGUAGAUGAUUUGUCGCCAUAGCAAUAAGCUCUGAAGAUAUUUAUUUCAAUUAAUAGUGUUAAAAACAAGUGUAACUAUGAAUCAGGAGAUUCGUAUUAAAACGAAGCACUUUUACUGUGUGCUCGUUAUGCUAGGCUUAUGGUUAAUAUACAGUAUAACUUCCAACCGAGGCUGUGAAACAGAUAAUGCUGAUGAAUUACCUGCUAACCGGGAAGCAUUCCUGCCAAAUCAAAAUGGGCCAACAAUAUAUGCCAUAACACCGACAUAUGCAAGACCGGUGCAGAAAGCCGAACUAACAAGGCUAUCCCAUUUGAUCAGACUUGUUCCAAAUGUGUUUUGGAUAUUGGUUGAGGACGCUGAUCAUAGUUCUGAACUAAUCAGUAGUCUUUUACGCCGAAGUGGCCUUGUGGACAGAAGUGCUCAGUUGUUUGCGAAAACACCAACUAAUAUGAAGCUACAGGGCAAAGACCCGAACUGGCUGAAACCUCGCGGCGUUGAGCAGCGCAAUAAAGCGUUAGAAUGGAUAAGAAAACACCUAGCUGAAAAUGAUAGGCGUCAAAGUCACUCAGUGAUAUAUUUUAUGGAUGACGAUAAUACGUAUAGCACCGAAUUAUUUACAGAAAUGUCUAGGAUUGAAAAGAAUAAGGUUGGAGUUUGGCCUGUUGGCUUAGUUGGAGGAUUAAUGGUAGAGAAACCGGUACUCAAUAGGGAUGGUAUUGUACUGGGUUUCAACAGCGUAUGGCGGCCGGAACGGCCAUUCCCGUUUGAUAUGGCUGGAUUCGCAAUCAGUUCAGAUUUAAUCCUAGACAACCCUCAAGCUCAGUUUAGUUACGAAGUCGAACGAGGUUACCAGGAAAGUGAAAUACUUCGACACCUAACCAUCGUGCAUGAGAUGCAACCCUUAGCAAAUAAGUGCACUGAAGUUCUUGUUUGGCAUACGCGCACCGAAACUCCCAAACUUGACGCGGAAAAAAUAUUAGUCAAGUCUGGCAAACCUUCUGAUGCUGGGUUUGAAGUAUAAAGCGACCAGUAUUAAUAAUAAAACAACAAUUUUAUAAUUUUUAUAAAUUGAAAUCAAAUGCGCCUCCUGUAUCAAAUGCUCGAUCAAUUUGUAAAGAUAUUUUACUUAAGAUAUUCAAAAAAUAAAACGGUGGGGCUUAUUACGGGAGUCACUUCACGGUGAAGUGACAACCGUAAUAGGCACGGUGAAAGUGAUUCCCAUUUGAUUUGCACGCGUCAUUUUUCACCGUGAGAUUUUUUCACUUCGAUCUCACCGUGAGGUGACAUCCGUAAUAAGCCCCGGUGACUAGAUUAGCAUCCUACAUUCAGCGGUGGUGAUAAAACAUGGUCAGGAGCUUGACGUAACUAUUGCAGUGAAUCUCAAAGUAAAGUUACAAUAAGAUGAUAAGUUGAGAUUAGGAGAUUCAUUACAAUUGCCACCACUAGUUAGAUAUUAUGCCAGAACCAUAAACAAAACAAAAGUUGAAUUUGAUGAGAUAGAAUUCAUAAAAAAGUGCAGCUUUCUUAUGUUUAUUUGAUUUAAUGCAUUAAAUCGUUUAUAAUAAACAGUUUUAAAUAU